GGGUGCGGGAUGGCCGCGGAGCCGGGCGGAGCUGGCCUCUGGCUCCCGGAGCCGGUUCUUCCGCCCGAGACAUGGCCCGGGGUCCCGGCCCUCUAGGCCGGCCUCGCCCAGACACAGUCGCCAUGCCCAAGAGAGGAAAGCGACUCAAGUUCCGGGCCCACGACGCCUGUUCGGGGCGAGUGACCGUGGCGGAUUAUGCCAACUCGGAUCCGGCAGUCGUGAGGUCUGGACGGGUCAAGAAAGCCGUCGCCAACGCUGUUCAGCAGGAAGUAAAAUCUCUUUGUGGCUUGGAAGCCUCCCAGGUUCCUGCAGAGGAAGCUCUUUCUGUGGUUGGUGAGCCUUGUGACAUUGACAGUAGUGAUGAGAUGGGCCAGGAGGAAAGCAUCCACAAGAGAACCAUCUCCAGAAAAAAGAAAAGCAAGAGGCACAAAGAAGACCUGGACGGGGCUGGAGAAGAAUAUCCCAUGGAUAUUUGGCUAUUGCUGGCCUCCUACAUCCGUCCUGAGGACAUUGUGAAUUUUUCCCUGAUUUGUAAGAAUGCCUGGACUGUCACUUGUACUGCUGCCUUUUGGACCAGGUUGUACCGAAGGCACUACACAAUAGAUGCUUCUCUGCCUUUGCGUCUGCGACCAGAGUCAAUGGAGAAACUACGCUGUCUCCGGGCAUGUGUGAUCCGAUCUCUGUAUCAUAUGUAUGAACCAUUUGCUGCUCGAAUCUCCAAGAAUCCAGCCAUUCCAGAAAGCACUCCCAGCACACUAAAGAAUUCCAAAUGCUUACUUUUCUGGUGCAGAAAGAUUGUUGGGAAUAGACAGGAGCCAAUGUGGGAGUUCAACUUUAAGUUUAAGAAACAGCCUCCUAGAUUAAAGAGCAAGUGUGUGGAACGAUUGCAGCCUCCUAUUCAGUAUGAAGAUGUUCAUACCAACCCAGACCAGGACUGCUGCCUACUGCAGGUUACCACCCUCAAUUUCAUCUUCAUUCCAAUUGUCAUGGGAAUGAUAUUUACCUUGUUUACUGUUAAUGUGAGCACGGAUAUGAGGCACCAUCGGGUGAGACUGGUGUUCCAAGAUUCUCCUGUCCGUGGAGGUUUGAAGCUGCGCAGUGAACAGGGCGUGCAAGUCAUCCUGGAUCCAGUGCACAGCGUUCGACUCUUUGACUGGUGGCAUCCGCAGUAUCCGUUCUCCCUGAGAGCAUAGUUACUGCUUCCUUUCCCUUGGGGCAGCUCUGAGUCUAGUCCAUUAGUAAUCAGAUUCCAGUUUGGAAGGGGCAGCUGGAUUGUAUAUCUGAUUAGUAAUGCAUAUGUUCUUUGGGUUCCUAGGGUUUCUAUUACAGGAGGGAGGAGGGUUGAAUCAAGAAGAAAAACAACUAUGAUUUAUAAACAUUUUAAUGUAAAAAUUUGCAUUUGAAAGGACAGACCUGGCCCUGUUUUCUGUGUUAAAACCCCACUUGGUGCUAUUGAGUUUGUUCUUUAUUCUUUUAUUCCAGUGAAAAUAGAUGAUCUUGCUCUAGGGAAAAAUUAAACUCUUAAAUCUUUAAGCAAGGAAGAUUUCCCUUAUGGAUCAAAGUAACCCAGAGGCCUAAAAGUGUUGUUACUAUUGCUUUCAAUGAGGCUGCCCCUCAGAUUUGAGUGAAAAUUUUCUCUUUUCCCUUUACCCUUCUCCAAUUUAAAUAAAGUAGGUAACAGGGUUUUCAGAAUCUUAUCUAAG